AAAAGGGAAACAUCCAGAGACAGAGAGACGAAACCAAGCGAAGUUGGAUAAAGGAGAGAGGGGAGCACAUGUGGGCAGAUGGGAGGACAUAUUGAUCUGGAUCAGAGAAGCAAAGGGCUGCCUUGACUGACCAAGGAAGACCAAAACCUCACUCGCAACUGAAUCUUCUAUCAAGCUCUGGUAUUUAUAAAGAUCUGGAAGCCCAACUUCUCCCGGGCUUCGCCCUGGAGGCCACAAGUUCCUGUGGAAGGACAGCAGAGGGGGAAUGCUGUGGGAGCUGCUCACCCCCUCAUGCACCCCCUCUGGUGUCGCCUUUGCUCACCGUGGAGGAACCAAGCUUCACCACUGUGGAACUAUGCCAAGACGGACAAGACAUGCACCUGACUGCUAAAGAAGGGGGUGUGCAGAAGAUGAGUGAUCAAGAUCCAAACUGUGAAGGUAUGCAAAAGAAGGACCAAAGACUGCCAUUCCAGAUUUUCCCAGACCCGAUAGAAAUUGUCUUGGGCCCAGAGGCGUCACUGAACAGUCCAAAUCGGGACAAGGAGCGUCUGCCUUCCAUCGUCGUGGAGCCCACAGAAGUGAGCGAAGUGGAAAGCGGUGAGCUGCGCUGGCCUCCCGAGAAUAUAGAAACAGAAGACGAUGAGGAGGACCUGUUCCUGGAGCAGUGCAUCCCCCCAGCCAACAUUGCUGACUGGGGAGAAGAUGAGGAAGAGGAGGAGACAUCAAUAAUACUGCAGCAGCAGCCGGGCCUGACACUCCUUGACCUUCAGUCUGACGCAUUUAGAGACAACACCCCGACGCUUCCUCCCAACAGUGCCCCCACCUUCCACUAAGAACAUCGCCUCUGCUGACCCUGUGAGGAAACAUCUUGAGAUGAACUGUGGCAAUAACUGUUAGGAUGAAAAAAACAAACAAAAAACCAAAACAAAAAACAGCUUCAAAGCAGCAAACAUGUUAUCACGAUAAUAGUUGUUAGGUAAUAAAAUAAAAUAAAAAUAACAAUAAAAAAAUGCAACAUAAAAUGACAAGGAAACCGGGACAUUUUGGUUCAGUGUCUUUGACUGGAAGGAUUUUGAUAUUUUCUGAUUGGGGAAGAUGAUCAUCGAAACAAAUGGACAGAUUUGUUUUUUUAAGUUUAUUUUAAGGCAACAUUUAGCUGAAAUUGAAGGAUUGUGUUUCAUUUCUUUUGAGAUGGUUCAUAUUCUCAAAAACCCUGAUGUUGCAGCAUUUUUUUUUCUUUUCUGCUCCUUUUCCUUUCACAUAGUUUAGUGGAAAUAUUUAUGUGCUUAUUCCUCCAGUAUGUAGGAUGUAGUAAAUCACAGUACGCUAGCUGCCUGCUGAUGGUUCAUAUAACUUGGAACUGCACAGGACUUUGACAUGUGUUUUUCAUUACAAAGGUUUACUUUCAGCAGCAAAAAACCAAGAGUUCUUGGAGUAAUAUAAAUGUUUGAACAGAUCAAAACCCCAAAAUGUUUUUGCUUCUGUGGGAAACCUGAAUAAACAGACAUUAUUAUUUUAAAUUUAAACAAUAAAGUAUUUGUUCUCUUUAUAUGGGAAAAGAUGACGGGUGUAGCAUAUUUAGUAUUUUAAAUAUUCCUUGUUUAAUUGUUUGAAAUGUUGUUAAAGUUCUUCUACUUAAGAUCCAGACACUACACACUCCAUUAAUGUAAAAACAUAUGAACUUGAAGUUUCUCAUGUAAUGAGACCAAACAACUGAACUAAAAUUAAAUAUUAUAACAUGUUAUUCAUGUACUUUAAAUGUUGACAAAUUCUUUGAAUGCUGUAUAAUUUCAAUGUGUGAAAUUAUACCUGAGGCAACAUUUGUGGGAUAAAUUCUAUAUCUGGUACCCGUGGUAUGGAAAGAUUUCAUUCUGACAUGUGAAAUCUAAACACAUUACUUUUGUUUUACAUGCUUCAGCUUGUAGUUAUUUUUAAUAGUUAAAAUUCCUCCUAUCAUUAUGCAAAUUAACAUGGAAACCCCCUCAACAUGAAGAAGGGUGUGUGCGAUGUCCAUGACACAUUUUGCUACACAAGAUUUUCAUGUGUUUUACAAGUCCUUUUCCAUCUGUUUCACAUUAGGAAUGUUUCUGUGUUACACAUUUCACAACACAAUUAUUUUCACACGCACAACAGUUUUCACAUUUAAAACAUCAUAAUUUUACCUUUGGAAAGAUUUUCCUCGCAGGUUUCACAUUUUCUACAAAGCAUAAAUUUACAUAUUUGUUUCAAUGUUUUUACAUAGGAGCGUCUUUGAAUGUUAGAUGUGGGAAAAAUGUUUUCCAUGUUGUUCUUCAUGUUACCACACAAUAUAAUUUAUGUGAAACACAUUGGGAAAUGUUCUUCAUGUCAAAUGUUUCCUCAAAUGGUACAGGACAACAUCAUUCCCAUAAGUUUACACAAUAAAAUUUUCAAGUGUUAAACAUGUAGGACAAUGUUUUCUCAAGUUCCCGUUUAAUACACAAUAUGAUUUUCAAAUCAGAAGUUUGCAGGGAAGCAACGCAUGUGUAAAACACACAAACGUUAGUGUGAUAUUAUGUGUACCUACUUUUCGAAAAUGUCUAUUUUGUUUGAAAAAAUAAAUGUUGCCACCGACCACCGGUCAAUGAAACUCGUA